UUAAAAAUAAAAUAAAAAAUGCUUUGGAGGAUCUGAUUCUGAAGCAACAGCCUCCAAAAUAAAGAUCAGAGAUUCAGAAAAGUUGUUUGCUUUUUUCAAGGGUUGGAAUGGCAAGGAAACUCGUUAAGCCUUCGCUAAAUAAGCAAUCUUUCUUCAAGAUCCUACUUGGUGACUUCUCUCAGCGUCUGCGUAUACCACCUAAGUUUGUCAAGAACUUCAAUGUACGGCCACUUCACAAAUGUGCUCUCAGUGGCCCUAGUGGAAUUCGGUGGACUGUGGAAUUGGAAGAGAGAGAGAAUGGCUUGUUCUUCCAAAAUGGUUGGCAAGGGUUUGUGAAGGAUCAUCAUUUAGAAGAUGGGGAUUUUUUGGUUUUCAAAUAUGAUGGUGAAUCAAAGUUUAAAGUCACAAUCUAUGAUAGAACUGCUUGUGAGAAGAAUGUAAAGGUAGCUGAGAGGAGUGGCUGUCCUGUUUCCUUGGCUAACAAAGGGAAAGCUCAAGUUAAAGAAGAAAUUGUUGACCGUGAAACUAGAAACUACAAUAAAAACUGUCAAAACAGAGCAAUUGUUUCUGGCAGAAGAAGUGGCAAUUAUGUUAUACCUGCGAGGAGACCUGCAAAUGAUCAUGUAGGAGCAACAUCAACUGAACCCGUCUUGUUUAUAACGAAGUAUUCAUGUUUCAUAGUAACUUUCACGAGGAAACUUCGAUAUGGUGUUUCAAUUCCCAAGGAAGUAGCCGUAACUGAAGGUCUUCUUAGCAAGAAGAGUAUGAUGAUUCAGGAUCCAACUGGGAGAUCAUGGCCUGUUAAACUUAGAGUCCGGGGCAAAUUAUCUUCGUGUCGUGUGAACAUGUCUACAGGUUUGUUAAACUGUUGUAACGCGAACCAGAUUAUACCCGGGGACACCGCCAUUUUUGAAUUUGUCAAGCCAAGUCUGGCACAAAUUCAUAUUUUCAGAGUGGGUGGCAAUUCUGUAGUACUAGCUGAACCUGAUGUAAAAGACUAAAGCUAGCCGACUCCAAAGCCUCACCUUGUAAUACUUUCUGGAAAUGUUUUGACUGCAAUAUCCACUUAUCUAUUUUAGUGCGUGCGAAAUAUUUUCUGAUUGUUGUGCUUUAGAUUUCUCUCUUGUAAAUGUGAUGCAGAUGCACUUGGAUUGAGACAGUUGAGUUUAUAUAACUCGGUGGUUGUGUACA